UGUUAUCACCUCAGUUCAGCAAAACCAAAAUCAGUUCUCUCGAGAAUCUCUGUGAUUUUUCGUCUCUCAAAUUACAAUUUCUCGUUGUUUUCGUUUAGCUUUCUACUAGUUCUUUUGGUGAUUUAGCCAUGGCAAAGAGUGAGGGUCCGGCGAUUGGUAUCGACUUGGGGACUACGUACUCUUGUGUGGGUGUUUGGCAACAUGACCGCGUAGAGAUCAUAGCCAAUGACCAGGGGAACAGGACGACGCCGUCUUAUGUGGCUUUCACUGACACCGAGCGUUUGAUCGGCGAUGCGGCCAAGAACCAGGUCGCCAUGAACCCAACCAACACUGUUUUCGAUGCGAAGCGUUUGAUCGGCAGGCGGUACAGCGAUCCCUCCGUGCAAAGCGACAUAAAGUUGUGGCCGUUCAAGGUGAUUGCUGGUCCUGGGGAUAAGCCCAUGAUUGUGGUGAAUUACAAGGGGGAAGAGAAGCAGUUUUCUGCUGAAGAAAUUUCCUCCAUGGUUCUCAUAAAGAUGAAGGAGAUUGCUGAGGCAUACCUUGGUACAACCAUUAAGAAUGCGGUUGUCACCGUCCCUGCUUACUUCAAUGACUCACAGCGUCAAGCCACAAAGGAUGCUGGUGUCAUUUCCGGCCUCAAUGUGAUGCGUAUUAUCAAUGAGCCAACUGCAGCUGCUAUAGCUUACGGGCUUGACAAGAAGGCAAGCAGUUCUGGUGAAAAGAAUGUGCUCAUCUUCGAUCUGGGUGGUGGGACAUUUGACGUCUCUCUUCUCACCAUUGAAGAGGGUAUAUUUGAAGUGAAAGCUACAGCUGGUGAUACCCACUUGGGAGGUGAAGACUUUGAUAACAGGAUGGUGAAUCAUUUCGUCCAGGAAUUCAAGAGGAAGCAUAAGAAGGAUAUCAGUGGAAAUCCCCGGUCUCUUAGGAGGUUGAGGACUGCUUGUGAAAGGGCUAAGAGGACUCUUUCAUCUACUGCUCAAACAACCAUUGAAAUUGAUUCUUUGUAUGAGGGUAUAGACUUCUACUCAACAAUUACCCGAGCCAGAUUUGAGGAGUUAAACAUGGACUUAUUUAGAAAGUGUAUGGAGCCGGUGGAGAAGUGUUUGAGGGAUGCUAAGAUGGACAAGAGCAGUGUCCAUGAUGUGGUUCUCGUUGGUGGGUCUACUAGGAUCCCCAAGGUUCAGCAACUGUUGCAGGAUUUCUUCAAUGGGAAGGAGCUAUGCAAGAGCAUCAACCCUGAUGAGGCUGUUGCUUAUGGUGCUGCUGUUCAGGCUGCGAUUCUCAGUGGUGAGGGUAAUGAGAAGGUGCAGGACCUGUUGUUGCUGGAUGUCACUCCUCUUUCCCUUGGUCUGGAGACUGCUGGAGGUGUUAUGACUGUUUUGAUUCCAAGGAAUACCACAAUUCCCACCAAGAAGGAACAGGUGUUCUCAACCUACUCUGACAACCAACCCGGUGUUCUUAUCCAGGUGUACGAGGGUGAACGUAGCAGAACCCGUGACAACAACUUGCUGGGCAAGUUCGAGCUCUCUGGUAUUCCUCCUGCUCCCAGGGGAGUCCCUCAAAUCAACGUGUGCUUUGACAUCGAUGCCAAUGGUAUCUUGAAUGUCUCUGCGGAGGACAAAACCACCGGACAGAAGAACAAGAUCACAAUCACCAAUGACAAGGGCAGGCUUUCCAAGGAAGAGAUUGAGAAGAUGGUGCAGGAGGCCGAGAAAUACAAGGCAGAGGACGAGGAGCAUAAGAAGAAGGUGGAGGCGAAGAAUGCUCUGGAGAACUACGCUUACAACAUGAGGAACACUAUCAAAGACGAGAAGAUUGCUGCGAAGCUACCAGCUGCGGACAAGAAGAAGAUAGAAGAUGCAAUCGAUCAGGCCAUCCAUUGGCUUGAUGGGAACCAGCUGGCUGAGGCGGAUGAGUUCGAAGACAAGAUGAAAGAGCUGGAGAGCAUCUGCAAUCCAAUCAUUGCGAAGAUGUACCAAGGUGCUGGUGGUGAUAUGGGUGGAGCCAUGGACGAGGAUGGUCCUCCAACUGGCAGUGGAAGCGGUGCUGGUCCGAAGAUCGAGGAAGUUGAUUAAAUGAUAAGUGUCUUGUAGUGUCUAUAGGGUUCCUCUCUGUGGAGAGAAUGGUUACUUUGUUGUGUCUGUUUGGUGUCUGAUCGUAUGUUUGGUUGAAUUUUAGAUUUGCAUCGUGCCAUGUUUUGUUUUGUUGUUUAAAGUUAUAAUAGAAAAGUUUCUUUUGGUUU